UUUUGUGGGAAUUGUUCAAAACCUGUCUGCGUGCUGUGUGAGGUAAGGAGAAACCCUUUCCUCUGGAUGAUGAUUUAGGUCUCGCUUAAGAUUUGAUAGGUGUAUGAUGUGGUUCUAUAGUUUUCAUUUCUCUCAUUCUGUGGUAAUUGUUCUAACGUUUUAUGUUUAUAUUGUAAAAUAAUAUCUGGACUAGUCUAGGUUCAAAUUCUUUAGUUUGUGGUCUUGAUAUUCAUUGCAAUAUUUCCUAUGAUUGUUCACCGUACCUGUUACUAACUGUGCUGCGUGAUUGUUUAUAUUUGUAUUUUGGGAUGGAAUUCGAAUUGGAGUAUUUGAAUAUAUAGUAUAUACGUUUCAAAUUAGUUUAUUGUAGUUUGGGAUUAUUUUACAUUGCUAUACUUUGUCUCUAAAUAAUUCUAGGCAAUUUCAAAUCAUGAUCAUAAAGAGACAAUCUGCAAGGGAUGUACUUGAGUACCUCCAAAUUGUGCUGAAUAGGUUUCCUGAUAAUCGUGAAAUAUAUGAUAAAAUUACCAAGCUCUUGAAGGAUUUGAGACUUCCAAGACCUGGUUUUACUUACAAUGAUGUCAUAUCAAAGGUGAGUCAGCUCUUCAAGGAACACAAAGAUCUGCUUUUGGGUUUCAAUCAGUUUUUGCCGCCGGGCUAUAAGAUAACACUCCCGGAGGAUCAAACUCAACGAAAGAAGCCUGAGCUUCGGGAUGCUUCUGAAUUUCUCAACAAGGUCAAGGAAAGGUUGCAAGACGAGCAUGCAUACAAGUCCUUAUUAGAGAUAUUGCGAAUGUUCAAAGAAAAUAAGAAGAGUUUUACUGAGGUCCAUCAUGAGGUGUUGUAUGCCCUCCGAGAACACCAUGAUUUGUGUGUGGACUUUACAGCUUUUCUCCCUGCUCGCUAUAGAUGAUACUAUAGAGAAGAUUGAUCUUGCAGUUGAAAUAGGCUGGGAUAUUAAGUUGUUAUCACUAGUUUGUUGUUGAUGACAAAACUUAUCAUUCAUUGCAGUUAUUUUUCAUCGUUUAAGAAAAAACCGAUAUUCAUUUCAGCUACUUUUCAUCGUUUGAGUUUCAUAUUAUGGACAAUAUAUAUGGAUGAACUUUUAAAAGAAAAUUUUAAUCCUUAUCUAGAUUUUCAGUAGUUUUUUUCGUAUGUAUUUUAUUUGGAAAAUUCUUUUAUCUGGUAGAGUUUUAAUAUGAUCAUGUAUCUAAUUUACAAGUGUUAUCGUUUCUACUUCAACUAUAAAUUAUAUGGAUAUAUAUGUCAAGUAACUUUUUGUAUAUUUUUCUUCUUCUUUGGUUCCUUCAUCUGUAUAACGUUUACAACUUUAAGAUGGUUUUUAUUAGAGGGUAUACAUUGGUGUUUUUAUUCUUGUUCAAGUUGAGUUAUUCUGACAUCAGUUGUUGUUGAUAUGCAUACACAAUUCAUGAACUUUAUCUAAUAAUUUUUUAGUCAAUUAGUCACCUGAACAUAGAUGGAAAUACACAUUAAAAAUGACCAUAAGCUAGUAAAGACACGUCACUAGGUUAACUUCCUAUAAUACCUAGUUUUUUUCCCUUGAAGUAAUUUGUGAGGUACUGGAUAUUCGAUACUCAGAGCUUUUACUUGUUUGCGCAUUGUUGCAGAAGGACCGGAUCAUUGAUUCACAUACAGACCGUGACCUCAAACCGGAGCAUAGGGAUCUAGACCAUGAGAGGUCUUUGUUGAAAGAAAGUAAAGAAGAGAUUAGACGCACUGGCACAAAGAAUGAUAACUCUAAAAAGAAGCUGACACUAAGGGCCGAUGAUUCUCCUGAAAUCUCGAAUCAGGCUAGAGGAGGAGACAAGUUUUGUGGAGCUGUUGGCACUUCAUCUAUUUGUGAUGAAAAAGGUGUAAGAAAAAGCAGAUUUUCUCGUUUUCCUUUAUUUUAUACUUAUGAUGAUAAUUGAUUUCUGAGCUAGAUAGCCAGGGCAUGUCCAAGGAAUUGCUUUUAUUGAUCGAGUGAAGGAGAAGCUUAACAACUCUGAGUACCAAGAGUUCUUUGAUACAUGACUAUGGUUAGAUAGAUUAGUUUAUUUUACAUUUUUAAUGAUUUUCCAUUUAAUAAUUAGUUUUGAAGUUUUAUUUUUACUUAGUUUAAGUGUUUUCCUUUUUCAAUCAAUUUGUAUCCCUAUAUAAUGAUUUCAUAUGUUUAAUAAUGAAAAAGCUUCCGAGAAUUAAUUUAAUCUCUAAGAGAUAUUAGGUUAAAAGAAAGUAAGCUUUUUGGUUCAUAUCAUUCUUACGACGUCUUAAUCUUUUUUUUCAAAAGUUAUUAUUACACACACGCGUAUACAGUACACUAUCGGUCACGAGCUCUAAACCUAAACAUUCCACCUCAUUUCUAUCAUUGUUCUAGUCUAGCACACUUACCAAUUGCAGCGUUAGAACAUCUCCGAUGUAUAACUUCAUUUUUUUCUUUCAAAAUGGAAUAAAAGUAAAAUGGAGUAAAAUUGCUCCAAUCCUAUUCCAUUUUCUAUGAACAAACAAAAAAUAGAUUACUCCAUUUAUGGAGUAAAUUUCAUUAUGAAGUGAGAUAUGAAGUUGGGUUAGAGCAUUUCUUACUCCAUAUUCACUUUUACUCAAAUGAAGUAGGGAUGAAGAUGCUAUUAGAAAUCUUAGUUCUAAUACAACUACAUAAUCAACCACUGCGACUCAUCAACACCGAUCUCUAUAUAUUAAUUAAAAAAUAUUAAAAAAGUGUACUGCUGAAUUGUCACGUAAUCCUUUAUAUAUUAAUUGAUUUGUAAUAUUUACACAUUAAGCUUGCUGAGGUGGCGCUUAAUUAGAACAUAAUUUCGCUGAUGUGAUAUGAUUUGAAUCAAUUGGAAAAUUAGUUAGUCCAAGGUCAAUUUUCUAGGGAAAAUAUAUUAAACAUAAACUUUGUUAUAUGAUUAACAACUUAUAAAUGAAGUCUAAAAAAAUAUAGUAACAAAGAAACUCAUUACGUUUCUAAGUGGCCGUUGCGGCCGCGGAGAAGGAGUGGUGUGAAUCAGGGACGCGAUGUGGUGGGCAGAGAGAAGGACAGUUGAAGAAAGAGAGGGAGACGAGAGAUGUGGAGAGAGCUCUGAAUGUUGUGGAGGAGAUGGAGAGAGCGGAGGAGAAGUUUGUUAAGGAGAUGGAGGUGACGAGGAGGAAUUGGGAGCCGGCGUCGCAGGUUAUGACGGUGGUGGGAGUUUGGAGGAGGGACGGUGGUCGCAGGGGUUUUGACGGUAGGAUUGUUGAGAAGUUCGAGGGCUUUGACAUGUUGUGGCAUGUGGGUCUAAUGGAGGUGCGAGGGGUGGGAGAGGUGCGUAGAAAGGGAAAGAUGGUUGGAGAAGGAUUUGGGGAGAGGGAAGGAGCGUUUAUAUUGAUGCUCAACGUUGCAAGGUUGAUCUUUGUUUAUGGGAUUGCUAAUCACUUGGUAAGUCUUUUUCUUUCGAUCUAAGAAUCAAGAUCUUUCAUGCUUUUCAAUAUAUGUUCAAGCUGUUGAAACGAUUUGGAAAAGUAUUAACGUGCUUACGAAUA